AUGGUUGAGGAUACUCCUCCACAGCUGGAGUCUCUCCAACCAACUGAUGAGGUGUCCCCGAGAGACGACGCCGCUGAUUUCCACGACCCUACGGACCUCUCUAGCCAAUGGCACUGGCACCAGGCCUUCAGGGACACAGUCAAAAACAUGUACCGCACCAACUACCACGACAUGGUUAACCUGAGAGAAGUGGCUGUCCGUAGCGACUUCCCCUCGGGCUAUGCCGGGCACGUGCCCGUGGUAAAGCACGACAUACUCUUCAAAAACACCAAGCUAUGGCAAGACUUCCAGCACGAAUUCAAUAGGGAAGACGUGAGCCCUGUAGGAGUGAGUUGCACAGCCCAAGAUGACAUGAGAGAAUUCCGAAUGACCGACAGACUGCCAGCAUUCGGUGGACAGAAGGCUGGUGUGCCGCAGUACUGUCAAAAUCCUCGAGGAGCCAAUAAGGUUAGGAACAAACAACAAUAA